AUGGCGACCUGCAUAUAUGUUUCGUUGAACAUAUGGAUUCGAGAUGGCAAGUCUGAUGUGCAGGAUGUCUUGGAGGUCCUUGAUGAAUUGGAUAGUGAAUUUGAUGAACUCGCAAGCGGUGACUCUGAUGAUGGGUGGCUUGAUGAUAACUAUGAUGUAGACAGUGACAAUGAAUCUUCUCCAGACAAGCCAAGGGAAGACUUGUCACCUUACAGAUAUUUCAAAAGAUUUGUCAAUGAUGACAUGUUUGCCAAUUUGGCUAUGGAGACAAACAAUUAUGCUCACCAAAAGUUGGGAAUAAGUCUUCAAACUACAGCAGAAAAACUCGAAACAGUCACAGGAAUGUAUUUCUCCAUGGGGUUGGUCAAGAUGCCGGUUGUAGGAGGUUACUGGAAGACUGAUACACGCUACACCCCUGUUGCUGAUAUGAUGUCAAGAAAUCGGUUUCAAAAAAUAACUUUGUAUUUCCAUAUCACGAACAAUCUGUUGGCUACUGAUGCAGAAAAAGAAAAUAGGGCUUGGAAACUAAGGCCUUGGCUACGUGAUCUGAAUGCAAAUUUUGCCAAGCUCAGCCCUGGUCAGAACCAGUGCGUAGACGAAAUCAUGAUGACUUUCAAGCGAAGGUCUCUCCUAAAACAGUAUCUUCCCAAAAAACCUAAAAAGUUGGGUUUCAAACUCUGGGCUAGGUGUGCUGCCACUGGGUUUUUGCAUGCGUUUGACAUAUACCAAGGAAGGUGUACUGGUAUGGGUACUGAUACUGAUCUACCCGGCCAUGCUGACUGCAUGCGGACUGGGGGGAAUGUAGUGCUGAAGCUGUGUUCCUCCUUGCCAGAGAAACACAACUUCAAGAUAUUCGCAGAUAAUUUUAUCUCAGAUUUCCAGAUGAUACACGAGUUGAGAAAAAAAGGCUUCUUCUAUACUGGCACAAUCAACAUCAAUCGGGUUCAUGACCGCUCAAAACCGAAAAGAAAUUAA